AUGACGACUAGCACUGUCUCCCUCAAGACAUUUCUGGCCGCGGCCAAGGAGGCGUUAGCCGCGCCUCCUUCUCAACGUCCGCUCCCUCUCACCUUCGUCGUGGGUAACGAAUCUGCAGAUCUUGACUCGUUGUGCUCAGCCGUUGUAUUGGCGUACAUAAGAUCGCAUAUCUCGCCCCAGCGGCUACACAUCCCGUUGUCAAACCUGCCUCGCGAGGACCUAUCGUUGAGGAUUGAGCUUGGCCCGGUGCUUGCCAAGGCCGAUCUGGAGAUCUCUGACCUCAUUACGCUGUCCGAGCUUCCGCAGCAACUGGAGCCCAACGACACGGAAUGGGUUCUUGUUGACCACAAUGUCCUCACCGGGAGCCUGAAGAAGUUCGAGAGACGCAUCGUCGGCUGCAUCGACCACCACGUCGACGAGGGCAUUGUCGGCGUACAAGCUACUCCCCGCGUCAUCGAGACGUGCGGUAGCUGCAUGAGCCUCGUAGUGGACGCUCACGCAGAUGCCUGGCGCAGCCUCGCCCACGGCACGCAGCUGACCGGCGCUGCAACCAGCAUCAGCAAGGACCUGAAUCAGCUUGCGCAGGUCGCCCUCGCCCCGAUCCUCGUCGACACCAUCAACCUGACCUCCGACCACAAGGUCCGCCCGAAAGACCGGCGCGCGGCCCAGCUCCUCGAGACCGAACUCAUGCAGGACCCCGACUUUGACCAGCGCGCGUACUACGACGCGGUGACGGCCGCCAAGGAAGACCUUUCCCAACUCGGCCUGCGCGACAUCCUCCGCAAGGACUACAAGGAGUGGGUGGAUGCUGGCGUCAAACUCGGUAUCAGCUGCGCCGUGCAGGACCUCGACUUCCUCCUGGAAAAGGCCACCGCCACCGGCAACGGUAGCGGCCAGGACGUGUUGCUGCGGGAGCUGCGCUCGUGGGCCGGGGAGCAGGCGCUCGACGUCGCGUCUAUCAUGACCACGUCCAACCCUGGCGGCAAGUUCCAGCGACACCUGCUCGUAUGGGGCCUCACCGACGGCGGUAGGAAGGCGGUCGAGCGGUUCACCGAGGAAAGCUCGGAGAAGCUGAAGCUGGCGCCGUUGAACGGCGGCGUCUUGGAUGAGAAGGGCAUCAGGUACGCGUGGAGCCAGCUCGCGCUCGAUGCCAGCAGAAAGCAAGUCGCGCCGUUACUGCGCGAUGCUAUGACAUGGGCCGGUGCCAACUUGUAG